AUGAAAGAUACAGCAAAAGGAUAUGAAGAUAGGCCUUCCCAAGAAAGCCAGGAAGCCCAAGUAGCCAGAGUAGAAGAAGAAGUCGAGGUUUUCCAGGUUAUUGAUCAAAAUUAUUUUCCUGAAAACCUUCUUGAAGAAAGUAUAAAUGGGAAGAAAAUUAAGAACGAGAAAGACCUUCUAACUGAACUGGCUAUAGAAGCCGAAAUAGAGAUAACCUGGUCAACCAUGAAUGGCUAUCCGAACGAAUUAGUACAAGAUGCUAGCCCUAAAAAUGGUAUCCAACCUAUGAAAUUGGAUGAGGGUGAAUCAACUACAGGGCUUGAAAUUGAAGAAAACAAUGAAUAUUAUGAAAACGCCGCUGCUUACUUUGGUUUCGACUAA